CCCUUCUCGAAUACACGUCUCCCGCCCUCACACCACGACACACAACAAGCGCGGCAGCACGCACGAACCAGCGACCAAGAACUGAGCAGCGCCCGAUCAUGGCCGCCGCCGCUGCCACGGCCACGCCGUCGGCCAUCGCGCCGCCGGGCCCGCGUCUCCUCCCUCAUCGGGCAUCGCCAGGCUCACGCAGAAGGGUGACGCCGCUGCCGCGGUGGGUCGCGUCCGCGUCCGCGUCCAAGAGCCGAGCCCCGAGGCCGCGGCCCGCGUCGCCGGCGGCGUCGUCGUCGAUGCACGCGACGAUCAAGUCCGGGAGUAGACCAGGGGUGAGGGAGUACGUGGAGGCUGCGCAGGAGAUGGCGCGGCGGCCGGACGGCGGGCCGCCGAGGUGGUUCGCGCCGCUCGGGUGCGCCGGCGGCGAGCGCGUCCCCGGCGCGCCGACGCUGCUCUACUUGCCUGGCAUCGAUGGAGUUGGAUUAGGGCUCAUCCGGCACCACGAGAGAUUAGCAAAAAUGUUCGACGUUUGGUGCUUGCAUAUACCCGUCCAAGACCGCACGACCUUCCAAGGUCUUGUUGAGUACGUGGAGAGGACAGUGAAAUCAGAGAGGUCACGGGCACCGGACAGACCAGUCUAUCUUGUUGGAGAAUCCAUCGGAGCGUGCAUUGCUCUCGCCGUGGCGGCGCGGAACCGAGACGUCGAUUUGGUAUUGGUCCUAGUCAACCCAGGAACAUCUUUCCACAGGUCACAGCUGCAGUCUCUCUCAGCAUUCCUGGAUUUGGUCCCUGAUCCAUUCCAUUUAAGCACUCCGCAGUUCUUAAAUUUCCUCACAGGCAACUUCAUGAAGAUGUCUCCAAGAUUUGAUGAAGCUGGUCAGGCAUUGUCAGAGGUCACCACUGGUUUGCUGCCUUCUCUCAUGUACCUGACUGAUAUUUUGCCAAAGGAAUCCAUUGUGUGGAAGUUGAAAAUGUUGAGGACGGCGGCAUCAUAUGUCAAUUCUCGCUUACAUGCAGUCAAAGCCCAGACCCUGGUGGUUGCUAGUGGAAAUGAUGAACUGCUGCCAAGCCGCGACGAGGCUGAAAGGCUACGUGCCAAGCUAAAGAACUGCAGAAUCCGUCACUUCAGGGACAAUGGCCACAAAAUCUUGCUGGAAGAUGGGUUUGAUCUAGCGACAAGCAUUAAAGGAUCUACAUACUAUCGCCGCUCCAGGCAGCCAGACUUUGUUUCAGACUAUCUACCGCCAACUCCCGAUGAGCUCGAAAAGGCGAUUGAUCACGACAGGCUCCUGAAUUUUGCCACUGACCCGGUGAUGCUAUCGACACUGACUGAUGGGAGGAUAGUGAGGGGACUGGCAGGGCUGCCAAGGGAGGGCCCUGUCCUGUUCGUUGGGUACCACAUGCUCAUGGGGUUUGAGCUUGGACCCUUGGUCACAGGAGUGCUGAAAAGCACUGGAAUCCACAUCCGCGGCUUAGCGCAUCCAUUCUUGUUCAACGAGAGUUCAGAGCAGCUCAUGCCGGAUACGUCGUAUUUCGAUCUCCCCCGGAUCAUGGGUGCGGUGCCUGUUACCGGGGUGAACUUUUACAAGCUCCUUUCAGAGAAGCAGUUCGUGCUGCUGUUCCCGGGAGGCGCGCGUGAAGCUCUUCAUAGGAAGGGGGAGGAAUACAAGCUGUUUUGGCCUGAGCAAUCUGAGUUCGUGCGGAUGGCGUCAAGGUUUGGAGCAACAAUCGUACCAUUUGGAGUGGUCGGAGAAGAUGAUAUAUGUGAUUUGUUGUUAGACUACAAUGAUCUUGUGAAGCUCCCAUUUUAUGACACCAUUGACAAGAAGAUAAAUGAAGGUGGUCUAAGAAAGCUAAGGACUGAUUCUACGGGAGAGAUAAAAAACCAAGAUAUGCAUCCUGUAGUGCUUACGCCAAAAGUGCCAGGGAGGUUUUACUUCAUCUUUGGGAAGCCUAUUGAAACAAGAGGGAGGGAGAAGGAGCUAAGAGACAAAGAGAAGGCCCAGCACCUGUAUUUGCAUGUCAAAUCUGAAGUGGAGAGCUGCAUCAAGUAUCUGAAGGAGAAGAGAGAGGAGGAUCCCUACAGGAGCAUACUGCCCAGGCUUCUGUAUCAGGCAACUCAUGGUUCUGAUGCAGAAAUACCCACAUUUGAACCCUGAGGCUGAGAAGAGCACUUCCAGAACACUAUUAGGAAAUUAUAGUUGUCGGAGUGUAAACUCCGGACACCAGGGAUCAAGGAUACCCUGUAUUUGCGUGUUCGGUAAAGGCUCUAGGUUUCUCUGAGUAAGCGGCAAAUUUUGUUUCGCUCUAUUUGAACCUGGUUAGUUAGGGACCUUAUUCGAAAAGAACAUUUCAGAAUCCAUCCAAUUUUUAUGAAAUUUCCGAAAAAGGGUUUUUCCCCGCUUUA